AUGGACGCGGAGUCCGAGCGGCAGCUCUUGCCGAACCAGGAACCGCCGAGCAAGGUUGAACGGGACCUUGCGCCGCCGACCGCCAACGCUUGCUUCGACUGUAACAUCUGCCUUGACUUCGCGGUGGAGCCUGUAGUGACUCUCUGUGGCCACCUCUACUGCUGGCCCUGCAUAUACAAGUGGCUUUGCCAGGAGAGCGCGACCCCUCCGCAGUGCCCCGUCUGCAAGGCAGCCCUCUCUCCCGCCACGCUCGUCCCACUCUACGGCCGAGGCUGCAGCAGCGAGGGGGACAAGGCCGCCCGCGGCGCGCAGGACAUACCUCGCCGGCCGCCUGCCCACGCGGCCAGCCCGCGGUCCCGUCGCCACUUAUCCUACGGCCACGACGCCGACUUCGCAGUGUCGUCCUCGUCUACGGCGGCCGGCGUUCUGCAUCCAUCUUUGCUCAGCGGCACGGCGGUCGCCGUCCUCCCGUGGGUUCUGGGCGACGAGUGGGUAGCGUUGUACCACGCAGACCCAUACCAUCUGAUCGGCAGCGGCAAUCGUGACAGUGACAGCCCGAGGCUGAGGCGGCAUGAAAUGCAAGCGAAGACAUCGCUCCACCGGAUGUCCAUCUUCUUCUUCUUCUGCGUAGUCCUUUGCCUUCUCCUCUUCUGA